AUGGGAAACCAUACAAAAGUGACAGUGUUUAUCCUAGCAGGUUUGACUGAUGACCCACAAUUGAAUGUUGUAUUAUUCAUCUUCCUGCUUCUCACCUACUUGCUGAGCAUCACUGGCAACCUGGUCAUCAUCACACUCACCCUGGUGGACAUUCACCUCAAGACACCCAUGUACUUUUUCCUUCGGAAUUUUUCCUUCUUAGAAAUUUCCUAUACUACUACCUGCAUCCCUAAAUUGCUUGCUACUAUAGCAACUGGAGACAGAACAAUAUCUUAUAAUUGUUGUUACACUCAAGGGUUUUUUGCCUUUCUUCUUGGAGUAUCUGAAUUUUUCUUGCUGACCGCCAUGUCCUAUGACCGUUACGUGGCCAUCUGCAAGCCCCUGCACUACACCACCAUCAUGAGCAGUAAAAUCUGCAUAAUGCUUGUCUUCUGUUCUUGGUUAGCUGGCUUUUUGGUCAUCUUUCCACCACUCACCAUGGCACUAAGCCUUGACUUCUGUGCUUCCAACAUUAUCGAUCAUUUUUACUGUGAUACAACCCCAGUCUUGCAGCUCUCCUGCUCAGACACAAGUCUCCUUGAGACCAUGGGGUUCAUCUCAGCUUUGGUAACACUUGUGUUCACAUUGGUAUUGGUGAUCAUAUCAUAUGGCUGCAUUGCUUUGACCAUUAUAAGAAUCCCUUCAACUAGUCAGAGGAAGAAAGCUUUCUCGACAUGUUCUUCCCACAUGAUUGUAUUAUCCAUUUCUUAUGGCAGCUGCAUCUUCAUGUAUGUGAAACCAUCAGUCAAACAAAGAGUAUCUAUUUCCAAGGGAAUUUCAGUGCUCAAUACUUCUGUUGCUCCACUUUUAAACCCUUUCAUCUACACCUUACGGAACCAACAAGUGAAAACAGCCUUCACACAUAUGAUACAGAGGAUUGCUUCUUUCUCAAAAAAAUGA